AUGGCCGACACUCUAGCAAAGAGUUUUUUUUUUAACAUGAUUGGUGGUAUUGACCACCAAAUAAAAAAGAUAAAGGAGGUUACUGAACUUCCAAUUAAACACGCUGAAUUGUUUGAGAGUCUUGGAAUCGCUCAACCAAAGGGUGUUCUCCUUUAUGGGCCACCUGGCACAGGAAAAACUCUAUUGGCUAGGGCAGUGACUCAUCACAUUGUCUGUACGUUCAUUAGGGUUUCUGGCUCUGAAUUAGUUCAGAAGUACAUUGGAGAAGGCUCUAGAAUGGUCAGAGAGCUUUUUGUAAUGGCAAGGGAGCACGCUCCAUCAAUCAUUUUAAUGGAUGAGAUUGACAGCAUUGGAUCUGCACGAAUGGAUUCUGGGAGUGGCAGUGGUGACUGUGAGAAAAGAAUGGAACAAAUAGGGGAAACUAUGCGAAUUAUCAACACAGUUUUGAUGGCCACUAAUCGGAUUGAUAUUCUUGAUCAAGCGCUCCUAAGGCCAGGACGAAUUGACAGGAAGAUUGAAUUUCCAAAUCCCAACGAAGAUUCACGUCAGGAGAUCUUGAAAAUCCAAUCAAGAAGAAUGAGUUUAAUGCGUGGGAUUGAUUUGAAGAAGAUCGCUGAGAAGAAGAAUGGUGCAGAGCUGAAGGUAUUUUUAACCCAUGUCUAUUUAUCUUGCGCCACUUGCUUUUCUUGAAGUGUUUCCGUAUGUGGAAGUGAUUAUAAAUCAUGAAGACUAAUGAUGUCGUGCGGUUUUUAUUUAUUUCUCCAGUUAUUGAU